UGGAAAAAUGUCUCAGUACUCAGGAAAGGUAAGUACCACAGCAAAGGGGUGCGAUGCAGCAGUUCAACCCUCCCAACACCACCACCAACAUCACCAACAUGUCAAUGCAAAGGCAUCACAAAGACAUCAAUGUAGCUGAUAUUUUAACAGAGGCAGAGGGCAUGUUUGAAUGAUUUCUAUGUGUUAUCCCCCCAAAAAAACUUCACUUUCUGUACAAGUUUCUGUUGGGAGAUUAAUAUUUUAAUCUUGGCUGUUUUUGGCAAAAAUAGAUUGUGUUCUAUGAGGGGAAAUGUUUCACCGGGAGGAAGCUGGAGAUCUGCAGCGACUGUGACAACUUCCAGGAUCGCGGCUUCAUGAACAGGGUCAACUCUAUCCGUGUGGAGAGCGGGGCCUUCGUCUGCUUUGACCACCCAGACUUCAAGGGCCAACAGUACAUUCUGGAGCACGGAGAGUACCCUGAAUUCCAGCGCUGGAAUGCCCAUAAUGAUCACAUGGGCUCCUGCAGGCCAAUCAGGAUGCAUGGAGAGCACUACAGGAUGGAGCUGUUCGAGGGAGACAACUUCGCCGGACAGUGUGUGGAGCUGUGCGAUGACUGUCCAUUCCUGCAGGCUCGUGGCCUGACCAAGAACGUUGUCAACUCCAUCAGGGUUUAUGGAGAUGGAGGCUGGGUUCUGUAUGAGGAGCCUAACUACCGUGGCCGCAUGUACAUCGUGGAGAGAGGAAACUACAGCACCCACAUGGAGUGGCAGGCAGAGAACCCCAACAUCCAGUCUGUCCGCAGGGUGGCAAACUACUUCUAAAAGUAUGUCGGUGGCAAUGUGACUGAAGGAAUGAGAUCAGCCGCUGAGGAAAAACGCACUACCACUCUAUCAAGUAAUCUCAUGCUGAC